AUGAAAUUCACAAUUCUAUCAAAUUCUUAUUUCGAUCCAAAUCAAACUUCACUACUCGCAACUAAACAAACAUUGUUUAUACGUGAAUCACUGCAUAUUGGCUGUUCUCGAAUAUGCCUCAGUACAGCUACUUCAUGUCAAAUAGCAGUCUACAAUGGAACAGACCGAACCUGUUCAAUUUACAAUACGCGAGUGGGUAUUCAACGAGCAUGGUCUAGUCAUACAACAUUCAUUGUCAAUGAAACUAGUGAACCACUAGUAGCUCCAGUACAACCACCUGAUCCGAAAUGGACAAAUGUAGGCAAUAUGUCUGUUCAGCGUAUGUACCACUCAGCAACACUGCUCAGUUCGGGUCGAGUAUUGAUUGCUGGUGGAUAUAAUGGUACUGCAAUACUUUCUUCAUGUGAACUUUACAUUCCGGAAAGCGGAACUUGGAUCAUGACCGGAUCGAUGCCUUCUGUACGCGCGCGUCACACAGCUACAAUUCUAUCGACCAACAGUUCUAUUACCGAUCUUGUUUUUGCUGUUGGUGGAGUAUCAACCACUGGAAACACUCCUCUAUC